AUGGAAAAACACUUGACUCUAGUGACGGACGGGGAGACGCUAUGGGCAAGCGAUAGAGGUAUGUCAUCCGAUGAUGGCGCAUGGGAGGGAGUGGUUUUACCAUCUCCUUCACCAACAGAAGCAGCUUGGAAGGGCGCUCCCUUGUCAAGGCCAGUUCAGACUGGGCAGCUUUCGCCGGUGAGCUCGGGGGUCGACACCAGCUUGGACAGUUCAUCGGUUCCAACAACCGCGCAUUCAGCAUCCUCGUCAUGCACCGACUCUUGGAGUAUAGGAUAUGUGGACCAGGAUGAGGGAGAUAAUGAAGUGACUUGGGAGACCUGGGAGCACGCUCAGGAUGAAGUCAUGACAGCCCCGAAACUGGAACCAAACGAUGACGAUAUCAAAUUAGGGGACGUGACAGUAGCUCCGUUGACGCCAAUACAACAAAUCGCACUGCAGCAUAACUCUGAAAUCAAGCAAAAGCGACCACGCGGCAGGCCGAGAAAACACCCUCAACCACAAGCUGUGAAUGUGAAUAAAGUCACAAAGGGGCGGUCCAAAACGGGAUGCAUUACUUGCAGGAAGAGAAAGAAGAAAUGCGAUGAAGCCAAACCACGAUGCAUGAAUUGUGAGAAGAACGCAGUGGUUUGUGAGGGCUAUCACGAAAAACAAAUAUGGAAGAGCGGCAAAGAAAAAGCUGAAGAAGAGCGUAUGCGACAUGAGUGCCAGCCUAUUAUCACAAUGCAGCCAAUUUUUCAUGGGGUAGAGACAGCAGAGGACAUGAUAUUUUGGAAACAUUAUAUCAACCAUCUCAGCAACGUACUGACAGUUGAAGGCGAGGCUAAAAACGCUUUCAAAGAUAUUAUCCUGCCACUUGCAAAUCAGCAUCAGGGGUUGAUGCACUCCAUUCUGGCUGUAAGCAGCAAACAUAUCGACCUAGACUCGCCAUAUGGAGCCAAAAUACUUCAAGAUAACUCUGCCGUAACCCCGGAGUCUUUACAACAAAGAGGCGACUAUCAUCACGAUGAGGCAUUGAGGAGACUUUACAAAGACAUGGAGAACCCUGUACCCAAGGAGGACCCAGCACAUGACACGGUGCUUGCCGCUCGAUACGGACAAAUACUCUGUCUGCUCCUUCAGACGAGAGCCGAAGGAAAUCCUAGAGGCGAGCAUCGGGUCCAUCUGCAAGCAUAUCAGACCCUAAUCCAACACUCACCGCCAGAAAACAAGACAUUUCAUACGUUUAUAACCGAGUUCUUUCAGUAUCACAUAUACGCUGACGACCUUUUAUGGCAUUCCGGAGCCAACUCAAGUCGCUUGUCUACAGACUCCUCGGGGCCUCCAUCCCAGAUCCAUCCACCUCGACUGAUCGGGGUUGGGGACGGGUUAUUCCGAUGCCUUUCACAGAUCACUACGCUGCGAAAUGUGAUCAGAGCAAACGUAGCCGCGUCAGUAGACCCUGUUGUCGACUACACCAGCUUGUAUCGUGCGGCCGAAAUUGACGCGGCCAUUAGAGAGUGGGUCCCUCGAUGGCCACUUGGAGACAGCCGCCAUAGAGUUGGGCCGCUGUACAAGCAAAUGAUGUGGGUGUAUCUCUUCCGGACAAUAUAUCCGCCAUCAACAACACCAUCAAGACGUUCUACGUUUAUGACAUUGCCUGUAACUUCAUCGCAGCACAACACGGGCCACUUGCAACGACGAGCCUCAAUGGUUGCCAGCGUUGGCUCGUCGACGUCCUCGUCCGCGAUAUUGUCUAACCUGACAUCACUAACAGGAUCCCAUACAGCACAAAGUUGCCCAUCCUCACGGAAUCCCUCACGUACCAGCUCAAUGCAUGAGCAGGACACAAUUCCACUAGUCGGUGAAGAGUGCCAAGACGGUCACAAACAAUCGUCCCCUCCGCCAGCAAGAAGACCGGCGCAGGAUGAUCGUCGGAUUACUUUAGCAGUGGAAGAAUCACUAGCCAUUCUUGAGUCCUUCAAGCCGUGUGAUCCAGCUCAGACACUUCUAUUAAUACCUUGCACUGUCAUUGGCACUGCUUGUUUCGACAGCACCCAACGCAGCCGAAUUCGAACGGCCAUCAAAGUUAUUCGUGGAUACACAGGACUACGAAGCUCUGAUCGCGUGAUGGAGCUGCUAGAGGAAGUCUGGUCUCUGAUGGAUCAAGGUGACUGGGUGUCCGUGUGGGAUUGGCAAUUCAUUGCAAAGAGACUUGGGCUAGAUUUCCUCUGUGCCUGA